AUGACACGGGACGGUUACUUGCAGGAUCUCUGCUUGUUGACCGAUGAUUGUUUGCUACCAAUACUUGACCAAGAAACAGCACUAAUUAAUAACAGCAACUCAAAAUUACCGUUACUAUCAUGGACUUCGAUUGAUAUAUCUCAAGUGACUCUAGAGCAGCUGAAACAAAUUGAUGCUCCCGAGAUCAGCUCAGCUCAUGAAAGCAACGAAUACAUCACGGCUUCUGUUGACUACAAUGUCGGUUCCCUUCACAGCAUAGGCAGCGAACGAGAAAUUCACUCCCUGAUAAGUUUCGACAAUCAUCUCUCUGAGUCAUUCCAAUCCGAAAUCUCUUCUCUUCUGGACACCUUCGUCGACAAACUGCGCUUCCCUUCACCUUCAACAAUUUUGAUUCCUCAAUCUCUCAACAAUAUCACGAACCUUGCCAGUCUUCCAAAGGACAAGAAUCCGUUCGAAGGCUCAUCUGAAAACUUCCAGUCGCUUCCGAGAAUGGAUCUGCCGAUGGACACUACUCCAACUCCGCACCCUUUCAACCCUAUCCUUCCUCAGAGAUCGACCGUAGAUGUUAUUGCUGAUUUAAAGCGUCAGCUUCACCAUCCCAAAGAUGCUGCCAGCACAGGAGAUACUACCGCCGCUCCUACUGAGCCCAAUGCAUUCCUAACAUUGAACAACCCUGCCUCGGAGAAGGAUCAGAAAGUUGCCACCGAAUUGACAACCCAAGAUGAUGGAGAACAUUCUUCUGAAGAUGAUGAUGAGGAGGAGGAAGAUGAUCAUCCAACAACAGGGCCAAGAAAGCUGACAGAGAGAAAGCGGAGGCUCCAUGCCAUUGCUGACAGUUGGGUUCAGGAAUCGAUCCGGAACCCUUCCAAGGACAUCAAGGUGAGCGCAGAGGAAGAAGGGAGUCAGUCUACUAAAUGGCUCGUCAACCAAUACGAAAACCGCGAAAUCAUUUCUACACCUCGCGAAUAUCAGCACGAGCUCUUUGAGAGAGCAAAGGAGAAGAAUAUAAUCGCAGUCUUAGACACGGGAUCCGGCAAAACCUUGAUCGCCGUGCUCCUUUUGCGGCAUAUCCUUGCCCAAGAGCUCGAAGACCGAGCUAUAGGGAAACCGAAACGUGUUGCCUUCUUUAUCGUCGACUCGGUAACACUGCUCUUUCAACAGCAUGCUGUUCUCAAGGCCAACCUCAGCCAGCCGAUGGAUAUAUUCUGUGGUGACAUGGGCACGAACUCGUGGAAAAGAGCACGUUGGGAGGAGAACUUUCAGAAGAACAUGGUCAUUGUUUGCACCGCAGAGGUCCUGCGUCAAUGUCUCCACCACUCCUAUAUAUCAAUGGAUAGAAUCAAUCUCCUCAUCUUUGACGAAGCUCAUCACGCCAAAAAAGACCACCCCUAUGCCCGAAUCAUCAAAGAUUUCUAUUUCCAGACACCCAAAACAUCUACACUGCCAAAAGUCUUUGGGAUGACAGCUUCGCCCGUGGAUGCUCGAGUUGACCCCAAGAAAGCCGCCGCUGAACUCGAGGCCCUAUUGAACUGUGAGAUUGCUACCGCGGCGGAUACUAGUCUUUUGCAACAUGCCGCCUCGUCAAUGCAAGAGGAGGUCGUAGCAUAUGCGCCGCUCCGCCCCAAAUUUGAGACGCCACUGCUGAGCCAAGUGAAUACUCACCUGAAAGAUAGUAAGGUCCUCAAGAAACUCCUCCUAUUUGCGGGUGAAGCCACACGAGAGUUGGGCUCUUGGUGCUCUGACGAGUUGUGGCGAUUUUGCACCGAAGAUCAAGAGUUCAAAAAGCUCAAGGCGAAGACCGAACGAAAGUAUCUAGAGCGGAAGAAUACUCCUUUGGAAGUGCUGCACCAACAACAAGCAAACCUAGAAAUGUUACAAGCUGUUGUCAAGUCGCACGUCUUCGAACCACCAGACUACAAGGAUUUCGAGAGCCACACAUGUGUGUCCAAAAAUCUGUCAUCAAAAGUUUCUAUCCUUGUUUCAUAUCUGAGAGAACGCUUUGAACGUCCGACGGAUGACAAGUGUAUCAUUUUUGUGAAGCAACGGUUCACUGCUCGUGUGCUCUACCAAUUACUUUCUCACAAUAACAUCCGCACACCUUACUUAUUUGUGGGUGUACUAGUUGGUACUCGAGUAAGUGAGGCUGGAGAUGUCAACUCUUCGUUUCGAGAACAGGUGGUGACAAUGAUGAAAUUUCGAAAGGGCCUCCUGAACUGUCUUAUAGCUACAUCCGUUGCAGAGGAAGGCCUCGACAUUCCAGACUGCAAUCUAAUUAUCCGCUUUGAUUUGUAUGAUACCCUUAUUCAGUACAUCCAGUCCCGAGGGCGUGCUCGACAUCAAAAUUCUCGGUACAUUCACAUGAUUGAGUCUGGAAAUUGGGAUCACCAAAAGACUAUACGCGAAGUUCGCCUUAACGAGGGCAUACUGAAGAAUUUCUGUAACCAGUUACCCGAGGAUCGUAAGCUUACAGGUAACGACUUUAACAUGGACCAUUUCCUGGCCAAAGAAAGAACGCAUCGAAAUUUUGUCCACCCAAAGACCGGCGCAAAACUAACAUAUAAGUCGAGCUUAAGGGUUCUUGCCAACUUCGUGGACUCCCUUCCUCAUGGACCAGAUAUGAACCUACACGCUGAGUACGUGAUUACGGUUCAGAACAAGCAAUUCAUUGGUGAAGUUGUUCUUCCGGAAGAAUCACCAAUAAGAGGAGUUGUUGGUCGUCCAGCUUCAACAAAGCAAGUUGCGAAAUGCUCUGCAGCAUUCGAGACCUGUCUCCUUCUCAUCAAAGGAAAGUACCUCGACGAGUUUUUGCUCCCAAUAUAUACAAAACAACUACCCGUGAUGCGCAAUGCCUUACUGGCAGUUGACUCCAAAAAACGGGAAAAGUACGACAUGAGAACUAAACCAAAGCUAUGGUCCUCUGGAGAAAUAGCCGAUGAACUUUUCGUGUCGGUUCUACGACUCAAUAGCCCAGAAUCUCUCGGCCGCCAGUCACAGCCUCUCGUUCUUCUUGCCAGAUCACCCAUGCCAGCUCUUCCUUCAUUCCCCCUUCACUUUGGUGGUGGAAAACACUCCUAUGUUCAAUGUAACCCGCUUUCCAAGCCGCUCAAGGUGUCUUCAGAACUACUCACGCAAAUCAACUCGUUUACGCUGUGCGUGUUCGAAGAUAUUUUCAGUAAACCCUUCGAGUCCGAUACCUCGAAAAUGCCUUAUUUCCUGGCACCCCUGAAGGAAGAUGGUAUUUUAAACCAUGACGGAGAUCCUUCCAACAUAUUAGACUGCGAAAUCCUCACAGAAGUGCACCAAUAUCAGCUUCAAUUCCAAACUAAAAGAGUGAAUGAAUUCAAAUUCUGGCAGAAUGAACCGGAUGAAUUCUUCAAAGACAAGUACAUUGUUGAUGUUUACGAGGGCUCACGCAAGUUCUGGUGCAAAGGAGUCGCUCCUCAGUACAAACCUCUCGAUCCGGUCCCAGAUAAUUGUGCCCCUCGGAAACGUGACAAACAAAAAAAGGCGGAAAAUAUUAUGGAAUACAGUAAGAGUCUGUGGAAGAAACAUCAGGUAACCCUCGAUCCCAAUCAGCGAGUUUUCGAGGCGGAACUUAUCCCGUUGAAUCGAAAUAUGCUGGAUGAGAGGGAGACAACGGAGAAGAAAACGGCGACACGUUGCUUUCUUAUUUUCGAGAUUCUCAAAAUAUCUGCCCUACCUGCUAAAGUCGUCUCGAUGGCCUAUUUGUUUCCCUCCAUCAUCCACCGAAUCGAAGCAUACCUCGUCGCUCUUGAGGCCUGUGAGCUGCUUAAGUUGAAUAUUCGUCCCGAUCUUGCUUUAGAGGCUGUUACUAAGGAUUCUGAUAACUCCGGCGAUCAUGAUGAGAAGAAGAUCAAUUUUCAGCACGGCAUGGGCAAUAACUAUGAGCGAUUAGAGUUUCUAGGAGAUUGCUUUUUGAAGAUGGCAACCUCGAUCUCUUUAUACGGUACCCAUCCCGAUCAUGAUGAAUAUGCGUACCACGUCGACCGCAUGAUGUUGAUUUGCAACAAAAACCUAUGCAGCAAUGCAAUCAAACUCAGACUCUACGAAUACAUACGAUCUCAAACGUUCAGUCGUGAUGCUUGGUAUCCUGAGGGGUUAGUACUGAAAGCGGAAAGAAGGGGGAAAAAGAUCAGUGUAAUAAAGAGCCACGCGCUUGGGGAUAAGACAAUAGCAGAUGUAUGCGAGGCUCUCAUCGGUGCAGCUCUACUGUCUACAAAUGAUCCUAAAAAUAUGGACAACGCAGUCAGAGCCGUCACUGAACUUGUUUGUAGCGAGAAUCAUAGCGUCACUUCAUGGUCCGACUAUUACAAGCUUUAUCGAAAACCAGAGUUCCAAACGAAGGUUGCAACUGAAAUGCAACGAGACCUUGCCCGACAAGUCGAGCACGCGCAUCCUUACCACUUUCGCUGGCCACGACUGCUCCGAUCGGCGUUUAUCCACCCUUCUUACCCAUAUUCUUACGAGAAAAUCCCUAGCUAUCAGCGUCUAGAGUUUCUCGGGGACGCUCUCUUAGAUAUGGCUUGUAUCAACUUUCUGUUUCAUCAAUAUCCUGGAAAGGACCCUCAGUGGCUCACCGAGCAUAAGAUGGCAAUGGUGUCAAAUCAGUUUUUGGGUUGUCUCUGCGUCGAGCUUGGUUUCCAUACGCAUUUACUGAUCUUCAAUACUGCCUUUCAAAAACAGAUCAGUGACUAUGUUACGGAAAUCACCGAAGCCAAAACCCAGGCACAGGAUGAGGCACAACGUGCUGGCAAAGCUCGUGAGGAUUAUUCUCCGGACUACUGGAUCUCUGUUCGGCCGCCGCCAAAGUGCUUGCCAGAUAUUGUAGAAGCCUACGUCGGGGCCAUGUUUGUUGACUCUGAGUACAACUACUCGGAAGUAGAAGGAUUUUUCGAUGCUCACGUCAAAUGGUACUUCAAGGAUAUGAGUAUCUACGACACCUACGCCAAUAAGCAGCCCACCACCUUUUUGACUAAUUUUCUCCAGGUCAGCAUGGGCUGUAUGGACUGGGCUAUUAUUGGAAAAGACAUACCUUCUAUUGAUGGGAGCAAGCCAAAGACUGCGGCAGUUGUCAUCGUUCAUGAGACAGUUGUUGCGGAGGGCCGAGCCGAGAGUGGUCGCUAUGCUAAAGUUGCAGCAGCAAAGAAGGCUCUGGAGAUUUUGAAGGGACUUCCUACGAGGGAUUUCAGGGCAAAGUACAGAUGUGUUUGUAAACCAGCUGACAUAGAGGAGGUGCGGGCGAUCGGUGACUUGGACUUACACGGUACGGCAAUCUGA